GUUGCCGCCUGUUGCCCAAGGCCCCUGCCCAGUGGUAAGUUGCCGCCUGUUGCCCGAGGCCCCUGCCCAGGGGUAGAUUGCCGCCUGUUGCCCGAGGCCCCUGCCCAGUGGUCGGUUGCCGCCUGUUGCCCGAGACCACUGCCCAGGGGUAGAUUGCCGCCUGUUGCCCGAGGUCCCUGCCUAGUGUCUCCAAUCCGCUGUCCAGUCACGGAGGGAGCUCGGCUAAGGCCCCAAGCCUAGGAGGGAGAUUGCC